AUGCAGGAGAGACCGCGAAGCAUGCAGGAGAGACCGAGAAGCAUGCAGGAGAGACCACUAAUGGUACAAAACGCAACCCUGAGGGAGAACAAAACCUCGAAUCACGACCACGCAUUACAAGGUAUUAUGAACGAACGAGUCGAGACUCUGUGUUCCGCUCAAAUUUAUAUCGCCGGAAAACCAUCGACUUCCACGUUGUUCCAGACACUCUCGCGAUACCGAAGGGCUCUUAGGAUCUUCCUUCUGCUCCGCCGGAACCGCAAUAUCACACCCCGAGCAAAAUGUUACAUGGGGAGACGUAACCAUUCCUUUCUCGCAACCAACAAUGACGAUACCCGCUCGUGCCGUUUCGUAUCAAAAAUUCAAGGUCCGCCCGUCGCAUAUCACUCGAAACGAGAAAUAGCCCUCGACGUAACGAUUCACGAUUCGUUAGUCCGAUGCGAGAAGAAUCGUAUCACCGUCGCAUGCGUCAACACUUCUGACGAAGCCCGCGUCAUAUCCGCGCCCGUCAUAGUGCUGGAAGACGUCGAGACAGUCUCAAACGUACCGCCAGUGGCGUCGCAAACGGAAAAAUCCAAAUCCGCCGAUUCGCGCGCCCUCGACAUAAACAGUAAGCUAUCCGUAUACGAGCGAAUCCGCGAAUUAAACUCGGUCAUACCGACGACACACCUGAGCGAAGAAGAAAAGAACUACGUAUCAGAGUCGACCGAUCAAAAUUUCGACCUCUUCCAUCUCGCAAGCAACGCGCCAGGGAAAACAGAGACCUUUACGCACAAAAAUUUGACUACCUACGAGGCACCACGCGAAACAGCAUUGUCAUCCGCCGAUUCUCAAGAGAAGGAUGGACAGGCAAACGAACAGACAUACAAACAUGCAAUCGAAAAUCCGAAUUCGCCCUGCGAAUCGCCGUUGUGGAUCGAGCCCGAAAAACCGGGCCAGACAGUUGAGAACAUCGAUAUAUACCCAAAUAAAAUAGCUUGCAAAUACAAACCCAGACUAAUUCAUCAAAAGAGACGGGAGCGUCUAAAAACAUCACUCGCGGCGACGUUGUCAGUGCCGUAG